AAAAAGGACGCGUAUUCCCUUUUGCCCCUGAUAGCGUUUCAGCAACCUUCCCUCUUCACUUCUUUCUACUCCAUCGACGCCACUCCUUGUCCGAUCUGCAACCAUCCCCCGCCUCCCUCCGCCAGCGACGCCGACACCACCGCCCACUUCUGUCUAUGCUUUGGCGUUCCUCAAUAAUUGUUAUUCGAAAUUUAGAACCUCAGAAGUGUUCCGCAACCUUCCCUCUUCAUAUCUGUUUUACCCUACCCUCCGCUAACACUCCGCCACCAACCGGUCACCGUCUCCGCCAGCAUCGCCAGCGCUUCCAUCCAGCUCCGUCAAACUCGUCGUCAGCAGCCAUCAGCAGCCAUCAAGCUGUCAUACCAUCAUAACAGCAAUUUUGUGGCAUCAUUCACGACUACAAAUAUCCAAAACUCUAAGUUGUAAUCGAUCCAUAUGGCUGAAAAACCCGAAGAACAACCAAACACCGAACAAGUGUGCAACUUUUUUAGAAAACCAUCAAAGAAGAAAAACAUCCGAAAAAGAGCUCAGGAUGAUGAAAUGGAUGAAGAAGAGGAACCUUCUGUUGUGAUCAACAAGAAAAAGGCUGUGGCAGCAGACAAUAAGUUAUAUUUUGCUACUGGAUCAUCUAAGCGAUCCGCAACAUCAGAACAACAACAAGAAGCAGAGGCUGACAACACAAAAGCAACAAUUUUCCAGUUUGACUCCUCUAAAGAAAUUCAAGUUCAAAACGACAGUAGAGCCACUGCAACAUUAGAAACAGAGACGGACUUUUCUAGGGAUGCAAGGGCGAUUCGGGAAAGAGUUUUGAAGCAAGCAGACCAGGCUUUGAAAGGGAAGGGGAAUGGUGAUGAGAAGUUGUAUAAAGGUAUUCAUGGAUACACGGAUUACAAGGCAGGUUUUAGGCGGGAGCAAACUGUUGCUAGUGAGAAAGCAGGUGGAUCACAUGGACCACUGAGAGCUUCUGCUCAUAUUAGGGUUUCUGCUAGGUUUGAUUAUCAGCCGGACAUUUGUAAGGAUUAUAAGGAGACAGGGUAUUGUGGGUAUGGUGAUUCCUGUAAGUUUAUGCAUGACCGUGGGGAUUAUAAGUCUGGAUGGCAGAUGGAGAGAGACUGGGAUGAAGCAGAGAAGGCAAGAAAGAGGAAAUUGGCAUUGAAGGGCGAUGAUGAUGAUGACGACGACAAUGAUGAUGAUGAUGAGCAUGAUGAUGAUGAAGAUGAGGAUGGACUUCCCUUUGCUUGUUUUAUCUGCAGGCAGCCGUUUGUUGAUCCUGUAAUGACCAAGUGCAAGCAUUAUUUCUGUGAGCAUUGUGCUUUAAAGCAUCACGCAAAGAAGAAAAAGUGCUAUGUGUGCAACCAGCCUACACUUGGGAUAUUCAACACUGCGCAUGAAAUAAGAAAGAGGAUGGCUGCUGGAGGGAAAUAACGAACAUGUAACUUUGAACCUUUUCUGUUAGCUUUCUGAUACAUCUUAUGUACUUUACUAGUGUUAUGCAACUUUUUGAAGUUAAUCAAUCUUUACUUGAUAAUACUACUUA